UUUCAUGAACCAAGAUUACUGAGAAAUACAUGUUUUUAGGCUAAUACAAUCGUAUUUUCUUGCUCGAAGACAUUGUUUUGUCUCUUUAUGAAGUGUAAUAAAUACAUAAAAGUAUAAAUUUCCUAGUCAAUCACAUAAAACCUACAAUGUAUCGCAUGUUGGUGGUUGGUGUUUGCCUCUGCAUUGUUAACAAGGCACUGUGCAAUGUCAUCUCUGGGGAGGAGGAAACAGGAAGCGGACGGUACAUGAUCGAAGGAAGGGUGUACCCGCCAGAAGAUCAGGAGUCCCUGACUUGGCAGAUCGAUACAAAGAUACACGUGAAUGGUGGCGAAUACAUUGGCUUUAUAAAGGAUGAUGGAUCGUUCGCCGUCCACAACGUGCCCUCGGGCUCCUACGUCGUGGAGGUCAUCAACCCUGACUACAUGUACGAGCCGAUCCGCGUCGAAAUAAACUCCAAGGGCAAGUUCAGAGCGCGCAAAGUCAACUACAUUCUAACAUCUCAGGUCAUACAAGUGCCGUAUCCUCUGAGAAUGAAAGCGCUGUCGAGGUUCAGAUACUUCCAAGUCCGGGAGCAGUGGAGGCUGACGGACUUCCUGUUCAACCCCAUGGUGAUCAUGAUGGUUCUGCCACUGCUAUUCAUCAUGCUUCUGCCUAAGAUGAUGAAUGAUCCUGAAGCUAAGGAAGAUCUGAAACAAAUCACUAAUAUGGCCAAAAUGUCGGAACUACCGGAAAUGUCAGAAAUGUUCACCUCCUGGUUCAACAAGCGUUCUCCGCCCAAGACGAGUGCUAAAACUAAGCAAAUCAAGAAGCGACAGUAGAUGUAGUUAAUAAAUUGUAUAGUAUUUAUUUAAGUAUGGUACCAAGUUAGUCAAUAAAAGUGUGAUUUAA